GUAUUUGCCAUUCCCUUUACCUUCGGCAUCUCUGCGCCUCAUGAGUUCUGAGCUUUUCACCCUGACUUAUGGAGCUCUGGUCACCCAGCUUUGCAAGGACUAUGAAAAUGAUGAAGAUGUAAAUAAACAACUGGACAAAAUUUUGUUGUCUGAUCACCUUUCCAGGGGCUACAAUAUUGGUGUCCGCUUGAUUGAAGAUUUCCUGGCUCGGUCAAAUGUUGGCAGGUGCCAUGACUUUCGGGAAACAGCAGAUGUCAUUGCCAAGGUAGCAUUUAAAAUGUACCUGGGCAUCACCCCAAGCAUCACCAACUGGAGCCCAGCUGGUGACGAGUUCUCCUUGAUCUUGGAAAACAACCCCCUGGUUGAUUUUGUGGAGCUUCCUGAUAACCACUCAUCCCUCAUUUAUUCCAAUCUCUUGUGUGGGGUGUUGAGGGGAGCCCUGGAGAUGGUCCAGAUGGCAGUGGAUGUGAAGUUUGUCCAGGAUACACUGAAAGGAGAUGGGGUAACAGAAAUCAGGAUGCGGUUUAUCAAGCGGAUUGAGGACAAUCUCCCAGCUGGAGAAGAAUAACCAUUUUGGGACCAGUGGAGUUGACCAGCUAGGGCACUUGCUAAUUCUCAGCCCUCUCCUGGGGUUGUAAAGCCAAAGUGCCCCCACCUUAGAGAACUCAGUGACUCUUUAAGAUGUUAUAUAUUCUUCUAAUCUUGUUUCCAUUUUCCAUGCUAAUAAAAAACAGACUUGUGUGAUAUAUUGCAUUUAUCCCACAAGUGUGUGCUUCUGAUCUCA